UCCAACGAGUCGUCGAGUUUAGACGGGAGUAUAAAAACGUCGGCUCGUUCGUCUAACGUACAGUUACACGCAAUCCGUUAACUUUGACACAAGCAUGAGGACCUUCAUCGCUCUCUUCGCCCUUGUGGCAGUGGUGGUUGCUGACGGACCCGCACUCCGGUCUCCCGAGGCUGACGCUGCCAUCAUUAACCAAGAGGCUGACGUCUUUCCCGACAAAUACCAGUUUAGUUAUGAGACCGCAAACGGUAUUGUCGCUGCUGAGUCUGGAUUACUGAAGAACGUUGGCCGCGAAGACGAAGCUUUGCAAGUCGAAGGACAAAACAGAUACGCGGCACCUGACGGCAGCAUCAUCUCUUUGACUUACGUCGCCAACGAGUUCGGAUACCAACCACAGGGUGCCCACCUUCCCGUCGCCCCCGAACCUCAACCUAUCCCCGAGUACAUCGCCCGCUCCAUCGAAUACAACCGCAUUCAUGCCCCAAAAACAGUUGACGGCCAAAGACGUUAAGAAUAAUGUAAACUAAAUCAACUAUUACAAUACUCAAUAUUACUUAUAUCUUGUUAAUUACACUGCCUUUAAAAUAUAUGUCUAGUCGUUCCGUAAGAGUUUAAUUAGAAAAAGUUCACAAUUUA